AUGUCCUUGACCAGUCUUGGAACCGGUGGAAAGAAGAACUUCAAGGCGGUCCUAGAAAGACCAGCGAAGGUUAAGGAAAGAGCCGUGGAGCUUUUGGAAAGAUUGAGCCUUAAGCAGGUGUGUGCAGGGGUAAAAAGGGAAAAGAACCUCACUUUGGAAGUUUUCUUCGCGGCCAAGACGCAUAAGGCGGAAAUUCCGUUUCGCACCAUUGUGUCUGAGCGUGGCACCUGGUUGCGUGUUGUGUCUGGGUACCUCAAAAAGCACUUGGACACGUUAAAUGCCGAGGACCCUUUCGUGAUACCUAGCUCAAAUGCCGUUGUUUCCUAUCUCUCGGAUAGUAACCCUGUGGGUUGUACAGCGUUCAGCAUAGACGUUGAAGAUCUGUAUUACUCUAUGCCCCACGAUGACCUCAUGCGUUGCGUAAAAGAAUGCAUUACUGACCUCAACGAUGAAGUUGCGUUUAGGUCCCAAUGCGGGAUUCCGGUCGAAGGGUUUCUAGAAGUGUUGUCAUUUUAUUUGAGGGCUACCUUUAUCGGGUGGCAUGACAAGGUGUAUGUGCAAAAGUCUGGGGUGUGCAUAGGGUCCAGGGUAGCACCCGUGCUGAGUAACAUCUUCCUUGCAAAGGUUGACAGGGCACUUGACGGUCUGUUGAAGGCCCCCGCUAAAAAGAUUUUUAGGUAUGUCGACGAUUAUUUAGUUUUCGUCGACAAAGGUAACUUUAGUCGGACCCUUGAUUUCGCGCUAAAAACGUUCAAGGAGCAGGGUUUGGGCCUGAGGUUCACUUUUGAGACCCCAAAAGACCAGACAAUCCAGUUUUUGGAUCUGAGCGUAGAUGUGAGCCAGAGCCACGUUUGUUGGUGGCAUCAUCCCAGGACCACCAAGAAUCUCCUUGAUUUUAGAUCGGGGCAUUCCAAGCUCGUGCACGUGACACACCCCGCUCACUUCGAGAACUUCACAACAUGA